UACUCUGAGUGAUACCCUCCCAUCGAUCCGACGUGGAUGCCUGUCAAGCGCAUCACCCCCCCCCCCCCCCCGUAAGAUUGUUUUGUAAACAUCCUCGGGUCGCACGUGAAGUGUGCACGUGUUCACAAGUUAUGAAACCUCCGAAACUUGCGACCGACUCCAGCUAGCUCGCAAGCGCUGUCCUACUGUGCGAUCCACUGAGGUUGAGUGGUGCACAAGCUAAGCGGUAUCAGAGUCACGUUUGUGCGAUCACGGCUGAGAUUUGUUCAAGACUAUAAAGCCAAGCAAACAAGCUACCAUGGCAGGAAGAAUGAAUAUUAUUAUUUGUCUCCUUCGAAACGACCUGCGUUAUCAUGAUAAUGAGGUUCUCUUCUGGGCACAUAAGAAUGCAACCAAUGUGAUUCCACUCUACUGCUUUGAUCCUCGGCAUUAUAAGAGCACGUAUAACUUUGGAUUCCCAAAGACGGGUCCGCAUCGUCUCAAGUUCCUCCUGGAGAGUGUUGAGGAUCUCAGAAAAACUCUUCAGUCAGUCGGAAGUGGCUUGGUUGUAAGGAACGGUCAGCCUGAGGAUGUGGUAACUCAGUUAAUCCAGCAGUUUGGAAAGGAUGAAGUUGCUGCAGUUGCACUGCAAGAAGAGGUGACUUCUGAGGAGCUGGAUGUGGAGGCUGGUUUGCAGCAAUCUUGCUCCAAGCUUGGGGUCCAAUUGAAGAAGUUCUGGGGAUCCACCCUCUAUCACAGACAAGAUGUACCAUUUGAUCCACAAGGGGUGCCUAAUGUGUACACAGAAUUCAGAAAGAAGGUGGAGAACAGGUCCAAUGUCCGACCGCCUAUCAACAUGCCCAAUUCACUCAAAGGUCUCCCACAAGGAAUAGCAGAAGGGGAUAUUCCUACAUUCUCAUCGUUUUGUGUGAAAGAUCCAGGUUCUGAUUCAAGGUCAGCAUUCCCCUUCCGAGGAGGAGAGAGCACUGGCCUUGCCAGGAUUGAAGACUACUUUUGGAAAAGUGACUGCAUCUCACAGUACAAGGAAACUAGAAAUGGUCUGAUUGGGUCAGAGUACUCCACAAAGUUUGCAGCAUGGUUAGCACAUGGUUGUGUGUCACCCAGGAAGAUUCAUGCAGAGGUGAAGAGAUAUGAAAAGGAGAGAACUGCAAAUCAGUCAACAUAUUGGGUCAUAUUCGAGCUAAUUUGGAGAGACUACUUCAAGUAUGUUGCAAUGAAGUUCGGAAGUAAGAUGUUUGCUCUGAAUGGUCUUCUCGAUGUUCAGAAACAGUGGACUAAGAAUAAGAGGUGGUUCGAUGCCUGGUCUAAAGGACAAACAGGGGUACCUUUUGUAGAUGCCAACAUGAGAGAGGUAGCCGCCACCGGAUUCAUGUCCAACAGAGGGCGACAGAACGUGGCCAGUUUUCUUGCCAAAGAUCUUUGCCUUGAUUGGAGGCUGGGUGCAGAAUGGUUUGAACAGAUGUUGGUUGAUCAUGAUGUAACAAGUAACUAUGGCAACUGGCUGUAUAGUGCUGGAGUUGGGAAUGACCCUCGUGAGAGCAGGAAGUUUAACAUGAUCAAGCAGGGACUUGACUAUGAUCCACAAGGUGACUACAUACGCCUGUGGGUACCAGAGCUGAAAAGUAUCAAAGGAGGAGCUAUUCACAUGCCAUGGACCCUAAGCAAUGCAGAGCUCAACCAGGCUGGGGUAUCACUAGGGGAGACGUACCCCUCCCCCAUCAUUACAGCCCCGGAGUGGAGCAGACACACAAGCAGACCAAAGAGUGGAAGAGGAGGAGGGGGCGGCAGGAAUCAAUCAGGAAAUGGUCAGAGAAGGAACCAACAGGGUCAAUCAAGGGGUCAACAGAGAGGAUUAGAUUUCUAUUUCUCCAAUCCAAACCAGAAGUGAAAUAAGCCUUCUCACUUGAUAUCUACAAACAACUUUAGUAGAAAGUUAAAUUCAUGCCUGUGUACAAGAGAGUGAAAGAUCGGCGCAUCUGUUUUUCUCUGACUCUCAGGAAUCAAUGUACGUUUGAGUAACUAAAUGUAAAAUUUGUAAAUAUUUAUUUUAUUUUUCUUCAGGGUAAAACAAAUUUCACUUGAAAAUUCUUGUACUUGACUAUCCUUUUAAACAAAGUGAUUUCAAAAUGUAAUAUAGCUGUUAUAGUUGAACACCAAUGUGCUAAAUUAAACUCAUACUCUAAAUCAAGUAACCUCUGAAGGGAUGGUAACAUGUGGAACACAGGGUAGUUCUUCUUCUUCUUUGGGUAUACUGCCCAACGCCCCACAAUGGCAGCCAAUUUACCUACAUGUAGGUUAAAGUGUUUGUUGAACAUUAAUGUCUUGCCAAAUCUGUAGGUAUACAUGUGUGUUGGGUUAUAAUAACUUCUACAAUCUUGAUAUUUUAGUUGAGAGUCAGAAAGGUCUUUUUGUAGAUAACAUUUGUUGGGGUCAGGGAAAAUAACUGUUAUAUAUUUCAUUGUUGUUAAGCUUACAUGUACACUUUACCUGUAUUUAUGAUUUUAUUAUGAAAAUUAAUUCAUCUUUAAUAAUUGACUACCAGUAGAUUUCAAGUUACAGAGGGAAAUUUGGUUUAGGGUGUAAUAGAUAGAGAGGGGAAGAAUAGUCAUGAAUAUUCUGAUUCGUAAAGUAUAUUACAUUAUUAAAGCUUGCUUAAUAUACUGUGACUUCGGUAUUCACCAUAAGAAAUCAAUAAGAUAAUAAUGAUAUGAUUUAUCUGUAUAAUGUUAAAGUGACACACCAUGUCCUGUAGAUAUACAAGUUAAGUUACUUUUACUAAGUAUGUAGUGUGAGGUCAACAAAUUUUGCCAGUUGAUCUGUGCAAAUGUAUAUUUCCUUGAAACUUUAAGAAGAUUAAAUAUACUAAUUAUAAAUCUGUUUGAAACAAAUGUUGUAAAUAGUAGUAGAAAAAAAACUAAGCUGGCUUUUCUUGAUGAGGACUAAGGCUGAGGUUAUAGAGACUGUUGAAAGCAGAUGUAUGACAUAUUAACAGAUGGUACUGUGCUGUGGUAUAUGGAGCUUGUCUGCGGUUGACAAGUUUGACUCAGACAUUUCCUAGUGUUACUAUUUGAGAUGUAUUAAAUAGAGAAAAUGUUUUUGCAUCAAAGAAUGAAUUUAUGUUGAUUAUAUCUCAAUUUCCUAAAGUUUACACUGAAAAGAAAUGCAAUUUUAAUAUAUAUACAUUUAUACAUGCAAAAUGAUUAGGCAUUAGGCUUGACUGUACAUUCAAUGCCCUUGUAAAGAACCAUUAUAUACAUGCCUGAUGUACCUGUGUUUCCAACUUGAAAAAAAGUAAUUUUCCACAAAUGACUAUGGGUUUAAGUGUGUGAUAUUAAAUGUGUGUGCCCUUUUUUCAUGAACAGUAUUCUUUUACUCAAAAUAUAACCAAUGAAUUAUUCAA